AUGAGUUCCUCAAUCCAAAGAUCCGACAUAUCUCCCUCAUUACAUAGCUCUCCUCCAGCAACUCCUUGCAGAGCUACAGAUCCUCUUUCUGAUGCUUUGAACAUCUUGUCGCCAGGGGACUCCUUGAACACAAAUCCAUCUUCUCAACUAUCGACUCCAAUAGAGUCGAGACCCGUCUCAGAGAUUGGCCGGCCCUCUUCUCCUCCUCCCAAUACUACCGGAGGCGCAAUCGACAACACCUCCUCCAUGAAACCGAACAGCAAAGCAAUCGAUAUCUGCUGCUCAGGACUGACUGGUAUUAUUAUCAAAAACAAUGAAAAUGCCGAACCGACAAUCGAAUCAUGCGACGAGGCCUCCCAAAAGCUCACGAAUAUACUCAAAAUCAAUGUCGAAGGAGAGGUAUUUCAGAUGCGUCGCAUGGCCGCCGAACUCCACUCGGGGUACUUUAAGCUUGCGCUUCUACCCACAAGUCCCUGGGUUGAAAAUUGGACUGGAACAUUCGACCUUGCUGGAUUCAACCCAGUUACAUUUCGGAUUUUCCAGUCUUGGGUGGAGGAGGGAAUGCAGAUGUUCCUCACAACAUGA